CAGAUUCACUCUUUUCUCUUAUCUUCACACCUGCCACUGCCUUUGCUUACACAAUCUGCUCCACCCAAUCAUUAAUCAGCUCAAAAAAAUCCAAUCUUUCCUCUCUUCUUCAUUCUUUUUUUUCUUUGCAUUUCUUUCCUGAUUAUCAUAGCCAUGGCUGCCGCUCUAAGUGCUGCCGUUUCUCUUCCAUCAUCAUCGUCCAAGUCUAAUUCUCUCCCACGCAGAGCUUCCUUUACUGUCGCCCAGGCAAAAGUUAGCUUCAACAAGGUGCCUUUGUACUAUGGUAGGAGGAAAGUGGUGCCCAUCAGAUCCCAGGUCACUACUGAGGCUCCUGCUAAGGUUGUGAAGGAGUCGAAGAAACAGGACGAGGAUGUUGUUGUGAACAAGUUCAGGCCAAAAGAGCCUUACAUUGGCAGAUGCCUUCUCAACACCAAAAUCACUGGAGAUGAUGCCCCUGGUGAAACUUGGCACAUGGUCUUCUCCACUGAAGGGGAGGUUCCAUAUAGAGAAGGGCAAUCUAUUGGAGUAAUUCCUGAUGGAGUUGAUGCUAAUGGGAAGCCUUACAAGCUCAGGUUGUACUCCAUUGCUAGCAGUGCCAUUGGUGACUUUGGAGACUCCAAAACUGUUUCCCUUUGUGUCAAAAGGCUUGUCUACACAAAUGACAAAGGCGAAAUCGUUAAAGGAGUUUGCUCAAACUUCUUGUGUGACUUGAAACCUGGAGCAGAAGUGAAGAUUACUGGACCUGUUGGCAAGGAAAUGCUGAUGCCCAAGGAUCCCAAUGCCACUAUCAUAAUGCUUGCUACUGGAACUGGGAUUGCCCCUUUCCGCAGUUUCUUGUGGAAAAUGUUCUUCGAGAAGCAUGAAGAUUACAAGUACAAUGGUUUGGCGUGGCUUUUCUUGGGCGUUCCCACCGGCAGCUCGCUGCUAUACAAGGAGGAGUUCGAGAAAAUGACAGAAAAGUAUCCCGACAACUUCAGACUGGACUUCGCUGUGAGCAGAGAGCAAACGAACGAGAAAGGGGAGAAAAUGUACAUCCAAACCAGAAUGGCGGAAUACGCAGAGGAGCUCUGGGAAUUGCUCAAAAAAGACAACACUUUUGUGUACAUGUGUGGGCUCAAAGGCAUGGAAAAGGGGAUCGACGACAUUAUGACAUCAUUGGCUGCUAAAGAUGGUAUUGACUGGUUUGAAUACAAGAAGCAGUUGAAGAAAGCCGAGCAAUGGAACGUCGAAGUUUACUGAUGUUUUUUUGUACAAAACUCCACCCAACUCUUACCUGGUUUUCUCCGAAUCGAAUUCAUGUAGAUAGGUAACUUUUUUUCUUCUUUUUUUUUUUUUUUGUAAUUUAUUUUCUUUAAAUUUUUCCUAUUUUCUUCAAUUCUAUAUAUUGAUCGGAGAGUGUAUUAAACUGUUGGCGAUUACCUCUCUGAAACUUGGGAUUUUUGAGAGCAUCAAGCAAUAACAUACUGAAGGAUCGGAGCUUCCAUUUUUUGUGCGAAUUUUAGUUAUUUAUAAUAAUUUUUGUAUACAUUUUCUUAAUAAAUAUGAAGUUAUUUGGCUUGUAGAGU